AUGGCGGAGAACUUACUCGACGGGCCGCCCAACCCCAAGCGAGCCAAGCUCAACUCGCCGGGUUUCUCCGCCAGCGAUAGCACAGAUUUCGGAUCUUUGUUUGACUUGGAAAAUGAUCUUCCUGAUGAGCUGAUCCCCAAUGGCGAGUUGGGCCUUUUAAAUAGCAGUGGGAACCUCGUUCCAGAUGCGGCUUCCAAACACAAACAACUUUCUGAACUUCUGAGGGGCAGCAGCGGCUCUUCCUUGAACCCAGGAAUUGGCAAUGUGAACUCGAGCAGCCCCGUGCAGCAGGGAGUCGCUGCUCAGGUGCAGGGGCAGCCGAACAGCGCCAGCAUCGGCAGCCUGGGCGCCAUGGGCAAGAGCCCGCUGAACCCAGGGGACUCCUCUGCUCCUGGCCUGGCCAAACAAGCAGCCAGCACCUCUGGACCUACCACACCUGCAUCCCAAACUCUGAACUCUCAAGCACAAAAACAAGUGGGAAUGGUGACGAGCAGCCCUGCGACAUCACAGACUGGACCUGGGAUAUGUAUGAAUACUAAUUUCAGUCAGACACACCAGAGCCUUCUCAACAGUAAUUCUGGUCACAGUUUAAUGAAUCAGCCUCAGCAAGGACAAGGGCAGGUAAUGAAUGGAUCUCUUGGGGCAGCUGGAAGAGGAAGGGGAGCAGGAAUGCAAUAUUCUGCCCCUGCCAUGCAGGGGAAUGCAGGCAGUGUGCUGGCAGAGACUUUAACCCAAGUAUCUCCACAGAUGGCUGGGCACACCGGGCUGAACACAGCACAGACAGGAGCAAUUACUAAACUGGGAAUGACAGGUAACACUACUCCCUUUGGGCAACCUUUCAGUCAAACUGGAGGGCAGCAGAUGGGAGCUGCAGGAGUGAAUCCUCAGUUGCCGAGCAAGCCGGGCAUGGCCAACAGUCUGUCUCCCUUCCCUGCCGACAUCAAGAGUACUCCCGUCACCAGUGUGCCAAACAUGUCCCAGAUGCAAACCCAAGUGCAGCAGGUGGGAAUGGUCCCCACGCAGGCCAUGGCCACCGGGCCCACGGCAGACCCCGAGAAGCGCAAGCUGAUCCAGCAGCAGCUGGUCUUGCUGCUCCACGCCCACAAGUGUCAGCGGCGCGAGCAGGCCAACGGCGAGGUGCGCGCCUGCGCCCUGCCCCACUGCCGCACCAUGAAGAACGUCCUCAACCACAUGACACACUGCCAGGCUGGCAAGGCCUGCCAAGUUGCUCAUUGUGCAUCUUCGAGACAAAUCAUCUCCCACUGGAAGAAUUGUACUCGGCACGACUGUCCCGUGUGCCUUCCUCUGAAAAAUGCCAGUGACAAAAGAAACCAACAACCCCUUUUAGGGUCUCCAGCAGGUGGGAUCCAGAAUUCCAUCGGUUCUGUUGGCACGGGCCAGCAGAGCACUCCAGCACUAAGCAAUCCCAACCCAAUUGACCCCAGCUCCAUGCAACGAGCCUAUGCUGCCCUGGGGCUGCCAUAUGGCAACCAGCCCCAAACACAGCUGCAGCCCCAGGUCCAAGGCCAGCAGCCAGCACAGCCUCAGGCUCACCAGCAAAUGAGGACCAUUAAUGCACUGGGAGCCAACCAGAUGAACCUUCCCACAGGAGGAAUAACAACAGACCAGCAACCGGGUCUAAUUUCUGAAACUGCUCUUCCAACAUCCCUUGGGACAAAUAACCCACUAAUGAAUGAUGGCACAAACUCUGGCAAUGUUGGAAACCUCAGCUCAAUGCCAACGGCUGCACCUCCUUCGAGUACCGGGGUAAGGAAAGCAUGGCAUGAACAUGUCACUCAGGACCUGCGCAAUCAUUUAGUGCAUAAACUUGUCCAAGCCAUCUUCCCCACUCCUGAUCCAGCAGCACUGAAGGAUCGCCGCAUGGAGAACUUGGUGGCUUAUGCCAGGAAAGUGGAAGGAGAUAUGUAUGAAUCUGCUAAUAGUAGGGAUGAAUACUAUCAUUUAUUAGCAGAGAAGAUCUAUAAGAUACAAAAGGAGCUAGAGGAGAAGAGGAGAUCUCGUCUCCAUAAACAAGGGAUGCUGGGGAACCAAGCAGCCUUACAGACCCCUGGGCCCCAGCCCCCAGGGAUUCCCCAGGUGGCUGCUGCCAUGGGCCAGGCACAGCCCGUCAGGCCACCCAAUGGGCCUAUGUCCAUGCCAACCGUGCCUAUCAGUCGAAUGCAGGUUUCUCAAGGAAUGAAUCAGUUUAACCCCAUGUCCAUAGGGAAUGUACAGAUGCCCCAAGCACCGCUGGGACCGCGGGCGGCGUCUCCGAUGAACCACCCGGUGCAGAUGAACAACAUGGGCGCCGUGCCCGCGAUGGCAAUGUCUCCUUCCCGAAUGCCUCAGCCACAGAACAUGAUGGGAGCUCAUUCCAACAACAUGAUGGGUCAGGCUCCUACCCAGAACCAAUUCCUGCCCCAAAACCAGUUCCCAGCAUCCACUGGAGCUAUGAAUGUGAACAAUGUGGGCAUGGGUCAGUCAACCGCCCAGGCCGGGGUGGCACAGGGGCAGGUUCCCAGUGCUGCUCUUCCCAACUCCAUGAACAUGCUGGGGCCGCAGAGCGGGCAGCUGCCGUGUCCCCCGGUGACCCAGCCCCCCCUGCACCAGAGCACGCCUCCCGUGUCCUCUGCAGCCGGCAUGGCACCGAUGCAGCACCCAACCCCCCCGGGAAUGACUCCUCCCCAGCCAGCAGCACCCACGCAGCCAUCCACGCCGGUCUCGUCCUCGGGACAAACUCCGACCCCGACGCCGGGCUCUGUUCCCACGGCCACGCAGACCCAGAGCACCCCCACGGGGCAGACUGCGGCCCAGGCCCAGGUGACACCGCAGCCACAGACCCCUGCCCAGCCCCAGUCUGUGCCAACCCCACAGCCAGCCCAGCAGCAGCCAACAUCUGUGCAGGCACAGCCACCCGGCACUCCACUAUCCCAGGCAGCAGCUAGUAUUGAUAACAGGGUCCCCACCCCUGCCUCAGUUGCUAGUGCUGAUACGAAUUCCCAGCAACUAGGACCAGAUGCACCAAUGCUAGAAAGCAAAUCAGAAGUUAAAACUGAAGAAACUGAGCCAGAGACUAGUGAGACACAAGUGGAAGCUAAGACUGAGGUGGAGGAGGAUUUACAAGGAACUUCACAAAUAAAAGAAGAAACAGAUGGAACGGAACUGAAGCAGGAGCCAAUGGAGAUUGAAGAAAAGAAGCCUGAAAUUAAAGCAGAGGCUAAAGAGGAAGAGGAGAGUGGCACUAAUGGAACCACUUCACAAUCCACAUCACCAUCUCAGCCCCGCAAGAAAAUUUUCAAGCCCGAGGAGCUGCGCCAGGCUCUCAUGCCCACCCUGGAGGCUUUGUACCGGCAGGACCCAGAGUCCCUUCCCUUCAGACAGCCUGUGGAUCCCCAGCUCCUAGGGAUUCCGGAUUAUUUUGACAUUGUGAAGAAUCCCAUGGAUCUGUCGACCAUCAAGCGCAAGCUGGACACGGGGCAGUACCAGGAGCCCUGGCAGUACGUGGAUGAUGUGUGGCUGAUGUUCAACAACGCCUGGCUCUACAACCGCAAGACUUCCCGGGUCUACAAGUUUUGCACUAAGCUGGCAGAGGUGUUUGAGCAGGAGAUUGACCCAGUCAUGCAGUCCCUGGGUUACUGCUGUGGGCGCAAGUAUGAGUUCUCUCCCCAGACCUUGUGCUGCUAUGGCAAGCAGCUGUGUACCAUUCCCCGGGACGCUGCCUACUACAGCUACCAGAACAGGUAUCACUUCUGUGAGAAGUGUUUCACUGAAAUCCAGGGGGAGAAUGUCACCCUGGGUGAUGACCCUUCCCAGCCUCAAACAACCAUCUCUAAGGAUCAGUUUGAAAAGAAGAAAAACGAUACCCUGGAUCCAGAGCCGUUUGUUGACUGCAAAGAAUGUGGUCGGAAGAUGCACCAGAUUUGUGUGUUACAUUAUGAUAUUAUUUGGCCUUCAGGGUUUGUCUGUGAUAAUUGUCUGAAGAAAACUGGUAGAACACGCAAAGAAAACAAAUUCAGUGCUAAAAGGCUGCAGACCACACGUUUAGGGAACCAUUUGGAAGACAGAGUGAACAAAUUCCUGCGGCGCCAGAACCAUCCUGAGGCUGGAGAGGUCUUUGUCAGAGUGGUAGCAAGCUCAGAUAAGACAGUAGAAGUUAAACCAGGAAUGAAAUCCAGAUUUGUGGACUCUGGUGAGAUGUCAGAAUCCUUCCCUUACCGUACCAAAGCUCUGUUUGCGUUUGAGGAGAUCGAUGGUGUGGAUGUUUGUUUCUUUGGGAUGCACGUGCAGGAGUACGGCUCGGACUGCCCCCCUCCCAACACCAGGCGUGUGUACAUCUCCUACCUGGACAGCAUCCACUUCUUCCGGCCGCGCUGCCUGCGCACGGCCGUGUACCACGAGAUCCUCAUCGGGUACCUGGAGUACGUCAAGAAACUCGGGUAUGUGACAGGGCACAUCUGGGCCUGUCCCCCCAGUGAAGGAGAUGAUUAUAUCUUCCAUUGCCACCCACCUGACCAGAAAAUACCCAAACCCAAACGUUUGCAAGAAUGGUAUAAGAAGAUGCUGGACAAGGCAUUUGCUGAGAGAAUCAUUCAUGACUACAAGGACAUCUUCAAACAAGCAACUGAGGACAGGCUGACCAGUGCCAAGGAGCUGCCUUACUUUGAAGGUGAUUUCUGGCCUAAUGUGCUGGAAGAAAGCAUCAAGGAGCUGGAGCAGGAGGAGGAGGAGAGGAAGAAGGAAGAGAGCACUGCAGCUAGUGAAACAACAGAGGGGAGCCAGGGCGACAGCAAGAACGCCAAGAAAAAGAACAACAAAAAAACCAACAAGAAUAAGAGCAGCAUCAGCAGAGCUAACAAGAAGAAGCCCAGCAUGCCAAACGUGUCCAAUGACCUGUCUCAGAAGCUCUAUGCCACCAUGGAGAAGCAUAAAGAGGUGUUUUUUGUGAUCCAUUUACACGCGGGGCCCGUGAUUAACACCCUUGCACCCAUCGUGGACCCUGACCCUCUGCUGAGCUGUGACCUGAUGGACGGGCGCGACGCCUUCCUCACGCUGGCCCGGGACAAGCACUGGGAGUUCUCCUCCCUGCGCCGCUCCAAGUGGUCCACGCUGUGCAUGCUGGUGGAGCUGCACACGCAGGGCCAGGACCGCUUCGUCUACACCUGCAACGAGUGCAAGCACCACGUGGAGACCAGGUGGCACUGCACGGUCUGCGAGGACUACGACCUCUGCAUCAACUGCUACAACACUAAGAGCCAUGACCACAAGAUGGUUAAGUGGGGCCUGGGUCUGGACGAUGAGAGCAACAACCAAGGAGAGCAGCAGUCCAAGAGCCCGCAGGAGUCCCGCAGGCUGAGCAUCCAGCGCUGCAUCCAGUCCCUCGUCCACGCCUGCCAGUGCCGCAACGCAAACUGCUCCCUGCCAUCCUGCCAGAAGAUGAAACGGGUUGUCCAGCACACCAAGGGCUGCAAGCGCAAGACCAACGGUGGCUGUCCGGUGUGCAAACAGCUCAUAGCUCUUUGCUGCUACCACGCCAAACACUGCCAAGAGAACAAAUGCCCCGUGCCAUUCUGUCUCAAUAUCAAACACAAGCUCCGACAGCAGCAGAUCCAGCACCGCCUGCAGCAGGCUCAGCUCAUGCGCAGAAGGAUGGCUACCAUGAACACCCGAAACGUGCCUCAGCAAAGUUUGCCUUCUCCUACCUCAGCAACGCCUGGUACCCCUACGCAGCAGCCAAGCACGCCGCAGACGCCGCAGCCCGCUCCCCAGCCCCAGCCCUCCCCUGUAAGUAUGUCACCGGCCGGCUUUCCCAGCGUGUCCAGAACCCAGCCCCCCACCACCGUCUCGACAGGAAAACCCACGAACCCGGUGUCCGCGCCGCCGCCCCCGGCUCAGCCGCCACCGGCCGCCGUGGAAGCGGCUCGGCAGAUCGAGAGAGAGGCCGCCCAGCAGCAGCAGCAGCAGCUCUACAGGGUCAACAACAUGAACAAUGGUUUGCCUCCCGGCCGCCCGGGACUCGUGAACCCCACGGUGGGCUCGGUGAACCAGAUGCCGCAAGUCAGCAUGAAUGUACCCCGGCCCAACCCCGUGAGCGGCCCCGUGAUGUCCAACAUGCAGCCCGGGCAGUGGCAGUCGGCGCCGAUGCCGCAGCAGCAGCCGAUGCAGCCGGGAAUGGCCCGAGCGGUGAUGCCGAUGGCGACGCCGCAAGCCGUGGCCGGGCCCAGGAUGCCGGGCGUGCAGCAGCCGCCGCGCAGCAUCACCCCCAAUGCACUUCAGGACUUGCUGAGGACCUUGAAAUCGCCGAGUUCUCCGCAGCAGCAGCAGCAGGUUCUUAAUAUCCUUAAAUCCAACCCUCAGCUUAUGGCAGCUUUUAUAAAACAAAGAACGGCCAAAUACGUGGCGAACCAGCCCGGGAUGCAGCCGCAAGCAGGGAUCCAGCCCCAGCCCGGGAUGCAGCAGCCGCAGACCGGCAUGCAACAGCCGGGCAUGCACGCGCAGGCGGGACUGCAGAACAUGAACGCGAUGCAAGCCGGAGUGCAGAGACCGAGCGUCCCCCCGCAGCAGCAAGGGAUCGGAGCUAUGAACCCCCAGGGACAGGCGAUCAACAUCAUGAACCCCAGCCACAACCCCAGCAUGGCCAACAUGAGCCCGCAGUACCGCGAGAUCCUGAGGAGGCAGCUACUGCAGCAACAGCAGCAGCAGCAGCAGCAGCAGGGAGGGGCCGGCAUGGCAGGAGGGAUGGCAGCUCACAACCAGUUCCAGCAGCCCCAGGGCCCGGGAGGUUACCCCCAAGCCAUGCAGCAGCAGCGGAUGCAGCAGCACCUAUCCAUACAGGGGAGUUCCAUGGGACAGAUGGCUCAGAUGGGACAGCUGAACCAGAUGGGCCAGCCCGGCCUGGGGGCGGACGGCGCUCCCAACAUCCAGCAGGCCCUGCAGCAGCGCAUCCUGCAGCAGCAGCAGAUGAAGCAGCAGAUAGGGUCCCCCGGGCAGCCCAACCCCAUGAGCCCACAGCAGCACAUGCUCUCAGGACAAGCGCAGGCGUCUCAUCUCCCUGGCCAGCAGAUCACCACCUCCCUCAGCAACCAGGUGCGGUCCCCAGCGCCCGUUCAGUCUCCCCGUCCCCAGUCCCAGCCACCACAUUCCAGCCCGUCACCCAGGAUACAGCCCCAACCGUCACCGCACCACGUGUCUCCCCAGACUGGUUCCCCCCACCCAGGACUCGCAGUCACUAUGGCUAGCUCCAUGGAUCAGGGACACUUGGGCAACCCAGAACAGAGUGCAAUGCUUCCCCAACUAAACACCCCCAACCGCAGUGCGUUGUCUAACGAAUUGUCUCUGGUCGGUGACACCACCGGGGACACAUUAGAGAAAUUUGUGGAGGGUUUGUAG